AUGAAGCCCAACUCGGACGCUAUUGCCAGCCCGGCCUCUGCCGCCGAGUUUGACAAGGAGAUUGUCGACAUGGCCUCCUACAUUCACAACUAUAAGGUCGACUCGGAACUUGCUAUUGACACUGCCAGAUAUGUAUUCCUGGACACUCUGGGCUGUGGUCUCAAGGCCCUCGAGUUCCCCCACUGCACCAAGCUUCUCGGACCAGUCGUUCCUGGAACCACUGUUCCCAAUGGUACAAGAAUCCCUGGCACACCCUACCAGCUUGACCCAGUGCUGGGUGCCUUCAACAUUGGUGCCAUGAUCAGAUGGCUCGACUUCAACGACUGCUGGCUGGCUGCCGAAUGGGGUCACCCUAGUGACAACUUGGGUGCAAUCUUGUCCGUUGCAGACUGGAUCACCAGAACCAACCGCAACGGCGGCAACCUCGGCAACGGAAAGAUCUUCACUGUCAAGGACGUUCUGGUGGCUAUGGUCAAGGCCCACGAGAUUCAGGGCUGCAUGGCCUUGGAGAACUCAUUCAACAAGGUCGGUCUCGAUCACGUUGUGUUGGUCAAGGUCGCCUCGACUGCUGUUGUCAGUCAAAUGCUUGGCCUGACCGAGGGUCAAACCCGCGAUGCCAUCUCACAGGCAUGGGUUGAUGGGCAGAGCAUGCGCACCUACAGACACAGCCCCAACACCAUGAGCAGAAAGAGUUGGGCUGCUGGUGAUGCUUGCGAGAAGGCCGUCAACCUGUGCUUGAAGGUCAUGAAGGGCGAGGGUGGUAUGUCAACCGUUCUAUCAGCUCCUACUUGGGGUUUCUACGACGUCAACUUCCACGGCAAGAAAUUCGACUUCCAGAGAGGAUACGGCAGCUACGUCAUGGAGAACGUUCUCUUCAAGGUCUCAUACCCUGCUGAGUUCCACUCCCAAACUGCUGUCGAAGCCGCCAGCCGCAUCAACAAGAAGCUCCAGGCCAUGGGCAAGAGCGCCAAGGACAUCAAGGACGUCACCAACCGAACACAUGAGGCAUGCAUUCGCAUCAUUGACAAACAGCUGAAGCCCAUGGAUAACUUUGCUGACCGUGACCACUGUGUUCAAUACAUGGUCGCAACUAUGUUUGUCUUCAACCGCCUUGAGGCAUCAGACUACACAGAUGGAUCCGAGGCAGCCACGAGCCCGCUUGUCGAGUCACUUCGUAAGAAGAUCAAGUGUGUUGAGGACCCGCAAUACACCACCGACUACCAUGACCCCGAAAAGAGAACCAUCUCCAACGCGCUCACCGUUACUCUGGAAGACGGUACAACAUUGGAGGAGGAGAUUGUCGAGGCACCUCUCGGUCACAGACUGCGUCGUGAAGAGGCCAAGCCAGAAAUCAUGGCCAAGUACAAGAGACACUUGGGUCCUCACUUCGAUGAGGCCCGCGUAAACGAGUUGGUCGACCUCGGCAACUCACCCGACAAGUUGUACGCCAUGGAGAUUGACAAGUACGUGGACCUUUACGUCAAGGACAGCAUCCUGUAA